GUCAAAAGUUUUUAGAUAAAAAAUUUAAAAGAACGAUAAAUUAUUAAAAAAUUCUAUUAAAAGCGAUAAUUCACACACUCCUCAUUAAAACGACGAUAUUGACUAUAAUUUCUGAUAAGUGGAAGUGGACUGUGGAGUGUAAAAAAGUUGAUUUACAAACUAACCAUACCAGGAGGAACACUGCAUAGAUUUGAAUCACAAUGAAAUCGUAUUUAGAAUAGCUAAUAGGAGUUGAAGUGUGAAGGAAACUAGUGUUCCGGUAUCAGUCGAGUGCAUAUUUGGUGAUAUGGGGGACAGCGGGCCUUUUGUGGCGAAACCGGCGCGAGGGUGGCUCCACCCAGACUCUGUGUUGGCUACUGAUGGCAUUACUUAUGCUGUAAGGUAUAUUGGCUGUAUGGAAGUUCUCACAUCUAUGAAAAAGUUAGAUUUUGAGACAAGAUCACAAGUUGCAAAAGAAUGCAUCGCAAGAGUCUGUGCAGCAGCAGGCCUGCGCUCGGCAGACAAAAAACGUAGAGUGUGCCAGGCAGCCGCCAAUGCCCUGGCUGUGAGACCUAGAAUGUCUCAUUCGGGCUCAAAUGUAGCUCUCACUGUAUCCUCAAGAGCUAUAACCCUAGCUGCUUUAGAGGGUGGUGAAACAAUUGCUAGACAUGACAUGCCUCGGGUCUCUUUUGCAUCUGGUGGUGAUCAGGAUUCCCUGGACUUUGUGGCGUACGUAGCGAAGUCUGCGCCGCCCACAGAAUGGCGAGCAUGCUAUGUACUGGAAUGUGGCGGCCGUCUCGCGCAAGAUGUGAUAGCAACCAUUGGGCAGGCAUUUGAACUACGUUUUAAAGAGUUCCUUACUAAGCCCCAAUCACUAAACUUAAACGGUACGCGUGGUGUUUGCGGUACGGGCGGCAUGCACGGCGCGGGCGAGGCGGCGGGCGGGGCGGAGGAGCGCGACCGCGACUACCGGGAGUACUACAACGACAUGCCCGACAAGAUCCCGCCGCCCGAGCCCGCCUCGCACCGCCACCCGCCGCCGCCGCCGCUGCAGUCUCUUCCGCCUGUAUCCUCUUGCGAGGAGAGCGUGCGCCACUACGUGAACCAGACGCCGCCGCCGCGCACGCCGCCCACGGCGCUGCUGCCCAACCACCACACGGACAUCUUUGAUAUGCAGCCAUUCACAGCGGCACCAGUGUCAUCCGCGACGUCGACGUCACCCGCAACAUCGUCUUCACCAGCGGAAGAGAUCCCCCCGACGUUGUCGCCCACAGCGCAAGCCGCACUGCUGGCGCGAGAGCCGUGGUACCACGGACCCAUAUCCAGGAGUGCUGCUGAGAGGUUGGUGGUGGAAGAGGGCGAGUUCCUGGUGCGGCAGUCCACCGCGUGUCCCGGACAGUUCGUGCUGACGGGGGCUCGGCGCGGCGCGCAUAAACAUCUGCUACUAGUCGAUCCAAAUGGAGUCGUGCGGACAAAAGACCGCGUUUUCGAGAGUGUCCCACACCUCAUCAAGUACCACUGCAGCAACGAGCUGCCCAUCGUGUCCGCCGACUCCGCCUUGCUGCUGCGGGCGCCCGUGCCGCGCCCCUCCUGAGCCCCGCACACCCGCACCCACCCCCGCCCUCGGUACACUCUCAGCUAACCGGGGACAAUGAACUAUGCAACAACACGAGAUUGGGGGGGACAGAAUAUAUCCAUUUGGGGGAUCAUUUACAAGAAAUCAAGAAGUUUAAUAUUGUACAUAAAACAGAUCUAUAAUUUUUUUAUUUGGAAUUAAUUGAAUAAAAUUACCUUUCGAAAUAAAUAAUUAUGAAAAUUCCGCGACUGAAAUCCAAAAUGAUAACAUAAACUAGCUACGAGGAUAAUAAAAACUUCAUAUAGUGUCCGCCCAUUCAGUCUUGGUGCUGAGGACGCCCGUUCUAAUAACCCGGUAUAUACUCACGUCCUUCCUUGGACAGCCGAGGACAUCAGUGCGUGGGAGAAAAUAUUUUAGAGAAUAUAAAUGGCAAACUCGCUAUUCCAUUCCAUCUUUAUAUACUGUAAAAUUUUUAUCGCACAAACCUCCAAAAAGUUGAAAAUUAAAUCCAAAAAAAAAAACGCGAACUUUUGCAAAUAUGUAUAAGUUACGCUUCAGUAUAAUUGUAUGAAAACGCAAGAUUCCUUAUUUUGCAAAGUACGUAAGCUCGAAAACUCCGUGAAUAAUCAUAUUCCCCAACCAAAUAAAGUACUGAGGCAGCAUGAAUAAAAAUACAACACUGGUAUACUUUCACCUUAUUCUUGGAUUUCGCGAACAUGCUGUCUGCUAGUUGUACCUAAAAUUAGUUUGUUAGAAAUAUUAAAAUUAGAUAUUCGUUGUGUCAUUUGACUUCGUAGUUAAAUUAAACGUGCAAUAAAAACAAACUAGGUUCAACUUUUAUAUGCAGGAUAUUUGUAACAUAAAAGUUGAACCUAAAGUUACAGUUUUAUAGUUAACUGAGGAAUACGCAAAUGAAUAAUUUCCUCCUUAGUUCUAUUGUUGAAAGUUGUACAUUAGCACCUAUUCUGUUAUACAAAAAUCUCUUAACUGAACAAUGUUCCCUGUGGAAAAGGAUUAUAUCAAUGUAUUAUACAUACAUUUUGAGAACUCACUCGUCAUGUUUGCUCUGUGUCAACUGUCACGUCAAAAAUAAGUUAAAUUCAGGACCGAAAUCGUACUUUUGACAUGCCAGUUUGACAUCCAGCAAAUAUGGCGAGUGAGUUCUCAAAAUGUACGUAUUAUACUACUUUUAGAUCUCUCAAUUCUCAAUUUAGUUAAGUGAUUUGCGUAUAACUGCAAAGGUGCUACAUUCUUAAAUAAAAAAUAGCACUUCGCUUCAAAACGUCGACCUGUAGAUGUGCCUUUAGAAAACCUUUAUAAAUAAUCCUUUUAGAUUAACGUCGACCGUAGGUUAUAAAUGAUAUAAUCUUUGUGUAAUAUAUCUGAAUUAUAGGCAAUACUGUAUAGCAAUAUUUAAUCUUAUUGGUAUUAAAGACAACAUUAAUGUCUACCAUAUUUUAAUACAUAUUAUGUUGCAUGAUUUAAGAUCAUUGCGAAAGUUAUGUUAAUUAUAUAUUACUACAAUCUCAACUGUUGUGAUUGGUUGAAAAUAUGGUAUUCUUGCUGUGACCGUGCGUUUAGCGGAAAAGACUAGCCAAUCAGAGAUGAUUGCGAAUUACGGUUAUCUUAGACCCAGUGAAAAACAGUUUAAUAUUAUUAGAAUAGGUAAUAUAGUAAUUAUUAUUAGAGUUCUUUAGCUGAAUUCUUUUGAAAAUAAUUCAUUAAUUCCUUAUUCUUAAUCUUGCUGAGUAAUAAAAUCAAUAAUAUGUAAUUAUUAAUUAAUAUUUUAUCAUUCCUAUUAAUUUUAUUGAUAUUAUGGAAUUGAAAAUGAAUGAAAAUUUUAUAUGGCUUUUAUUAAUUAAAUAAUAAACGUUGAAUGUAUGGAACAUCUCUUGAUAGAAUGGAUUUUUUAAAUGGGCUCAUGAAGUUUAAUAAAGUUAGAUCUAUAUAAAUAAUAUGUAAUAUGUAUAAUAAAAUAUAUUAUUAUGUUGAUCGAGUAUAUAUUACGGCAUGGCGUCAGGUAAAAAGAACCAUGACCUUGUACUUGCACAGCGUUUGAUUUAUCGAUCUAUAUGGUGCGCAAACGCAUUCCCUUCACUAUCAAGCUCUGUAUACCUGACAGCACUGUACGUAAUAUUUAUUAUACCGUUUGUCCCAUAAUGUGAAUUGAAUUGAAAAAUAAUACGCUUGGCUGUUUAUCAAACUGAUUUUUAACUUAUUUUUGUAUUUUAUACUAUACGAAAUUAACUUUUAAUAAUAAGUAUCGAUAAAUCAUAACAUUCUUCCAUUUUUAUUUAAUAUAUCGGAAAGUCAUUUUCUGACCAAAGGAGCUUCCAAGA